AUGGAAGUUUGGCUUCUGACAUCGAUGUUGGAGCUACACCUUUAUGACAAUCAGUUCACUGGCACAAUCACCACUGAAAUUGGCAUGAUGAAGUCACUAACAUCCUUGGCUCUUCAGAAUAAUGACCUGACAAGCACACUUCCAAACCAACUGAAUGCCUCCAUGGCAUUGAGGCUACAUGGGAAUCAGUUCUCAGGAACUGUAGCAUCUUUGUUCUUUUCUAUGGUUUUCUAUGGCGUGAUUGCUCCCUCAAUGCAACUCCCCCUGUCUCCACCUGUGCUGACCUCAAAGCAGCUCCACCUGAUUCGCCUGGGCGGUUUCCAACCACAGGUGCUGAUGUCAUGCUCAAUAUGCAAACAGAUGAUUAUCCAGUGGGCACAUCAUGGAUUUGGCAGAAGGAAAGCAAUGUGA